AUAUUCGGGUUGAGCAGCAUAUCAUGCAGUUUAAGUAGCUUUUAAUGUAGAUAACUGCAAGUUUUGUAAGACUUUUCUUAACAAUCUAAUUAUGCAUAUUUUAUCAAAUGUUUUACCCUAUUUUUACAUUUGUUUGUCACUAAGAAAACAGAAGAAACACCGUAAUUAAAACGGUACUUAUCUUUUCUGAGGAUCAACAAGGGAGACAACCCUGCCCUCAGUUGCUUUAGUACUCAUUAACUGGACACAAACGAGAACUUUUACCGGCCGGGUGCACACAGCAGGAGAUGCAAUUCUUUCGACAUAUCAGCAGGCAACAGCUGAACCUACUAGGUGUGGAACAGGAAGCUAUCUCGGGUCACCAACUACCAGGUCAAGCGACACAGGGUUCACUAACACCAGUACGAGUGUCGUUCAACAGAAGCAGACGUCAUCCUAACUGCCAUCUUCACACAGCAGCCGCCAUCUUGACACACGGUCCAGCGCCAUGGGAAUCAGGGAAGGAUGCGCGGAGGCUACUCACCUGACGAGGCUGACGAUCGUGUUGCUGUUUCUGGGCAGUGUCAGCAACUGGAUCGCAUUCUGCACCGACUCCUGGUCUUUUAUCAGCGUUGACCAAUGGAACGACGUCGAAGGUUUCGGACUUUGGCGGCGUUGCACGCUCAACGUAGGCUGCAUCACCACCGACGGCACCAGAGAAGAAUGGUACGCCGGGGUGCAAUCGUGUGAAGUUUUUGCUUUCGUGGGAAUGAACAUCGCCGCCAUCCUCGCCAUCCUGUACGCCUUCAAGAAGUCCUGUCGGUACAACACUGAGGUCAGGGUGGGCAUCGUCCUCGGCGGCAUUGUGGGAGGCGCCGGUCAUCUGACUGCUGUAAUUGUGUUUGGCAUCCUGAGGAGGUCGUUAUAUUCGUCGACUUACAUACGAGAGCAGCUCGGUUUCUCCUACGGUUUCGCAGUUGCCGCCUCCUUCUUCUCCAUCGCCUCUGCCAUUGUGGCCGCCAUAGACAUAUUCGUGUCGCCCACCAGCAGUCCACCCCGUUCAAAAGGUGAAGUUUACGACAACACCCCUAUCUAAAGGUUUAAACACCAUCCACAACAAGUCGGUAAAAAACAGACUUGUGAGAGGCAUUGAAGUAUCAUUGUGUCAACAUGUCCUGAAUCCUUCUCACACCUCACCCACCACCACGCCCACACACAAAAUAUAUAAAUAUAAGAAGAUAAGACUUGUUUACAAAAGCACUCAAGUAAAGAGACACGAAUCACACGAGCAAACACAACAGUUUUUGUAUUUAAUUAUCUUCACUGGUCUGUGAACUCACUCAGUUCUAUAUUGUGCUUGGCUGGGAUUCGUGUGUCUGUGAAGGUAGUAGAUGUAAGUCAGCUUGUUUACUGUCAACAUAAGUGCCAGUGAUGGGUGACGUGCAGGCAGCGAGUG